CAAUAUUUAAAAUGGAGCUUCUUCCUUAAUUUGAAACAUGGUAACUUUAAUCGGCAAUGUGAAUAUUUUCCGGUUUUGUGGGGACAUGUUGCAUGUAGUAGCUAUCAUUAUACUGUUGAGCUAUAUAUGGAAAUCUCAAUCCGUUUUUGGUAUUUCUGGUAAAAGUCAGAUUUUGUUUGCCUUAGUCUUCACCACAAGAUAUGUGGAUCUGUUCACUUCGUUUAUUUCUGUAUACACCAGUAGUUUAAAAGUGGUUUACAUCAUAACAGCAUAUGUCACCUUAUAUUUGAUAUACAUCAAGUUCAGAUAUACCUUCGACAAAAGUAAUGAUACAUUUCGUGCAGAAAUACUCAUCAUGUCCUCUAGUACACUUGCUGUUUUUGUUAAUUAUGAGUUGUCACCAUCAGAGUUCUGUUGGACUUUUUCAAUAUACUUAGAGUCUGUUGCAAUCCUUCCACAAUUUUUCAUGAUCAUCAAGAACGGCGACACAGAGAGACUGAUUGGUUAUUAUCUGACUGCCAUGGGAUCAUAUCGUGCUCUGUAUAUUAUGAACUGGAUGUAUAGAUACAAAAAUGAGGGAUUUUAUGAAUCUAUAGCAGGAAACUCAGGAUUACUACAGAGCAUCUUAUACAUUAUGUUUUUGAUAUUGUAUUCAAAGCGUAAUGAUUUCCGCUUACGUGUAGUAAGAAAUCAACAGAAACAUACACUUUUAUCAGAACAUACAUUACUGCCUCAACCAUCACGAUGGCCGGGAAUAAGUAUGAAAGUGUGAUUUGUAAAGAAUGUAUCUUGCCAUGAUCGUAAUCAUCAAAUCGUUGGUAACAACUUCGUGAACAGCUAAAGCUAGCUUCACAUAUGUUUCAAUGUACAUAGAUGUAAUAUAUAACAACAUACACCAUAAGUGUAGUAGAAACAAGACUAUUUUCAUUUUUGAGACCAAGCGUUGACCUAUAGGAUAUUUUUUCCACAUUUCUUAGUCUACAAAUGGUUUCAUUGAAAAUAAAAUCACAUAUAUAUAUUUCAUUGGCUGAUCCAGAAUUUUCAUAAAAGGGGGUAGGGCACUGUCUGCCUAAAAUGGGGCACGCUUCAGUCAAAAUUCAGUGAUUGCCUAUGUAACUCAAUGACUGUUUUCCCACAAAGAGGAGGGGGUGACCUGUCCCACAUAAAUCCGCCUCUAUAUCCAUAUUGGCUCGAAUUAGGCUUGAGAUUGAACCGCCAUCUAUUAGUAACAUAAUUUGACACAAACAAUCUUCCGAGACGUUAGAAUGGCAUGCAUAGAAUAAAUAGACUCAUCAUAGA